GGUUGGUCUUCUUGGUAUUUGUCGCAACCCUCCUCGAUUGUGAUUGGACGGCUGAGGAGCAAAGUGACAACCUACCGUAGUGUAGUUGCUGGGUGGUCAUGCACCAUUUGCUGUCGAUGAUAUGUUCAAAGAAGCGGAUGGACGAGAGGGUCUGUGUGUGUGUGUGUGUGUGUGUGUGUGUGUCCCUCAGGGCUGAGCUGUGUCCUUGUCCCUGCCUCCUGGCAGCAAGGAGCCACCCAGCAGCCCGCCUGUGAUUGGCCAGGGGAGCGGGGCUCUUGACACAGCGCGGUGCUGACUGCUGCUCCAGGACGUGUUUCAACAGAUGGUCGAGGUUAGAGAGUGUCAUCACAUCGGAGAGAGGAUUAGAGGAGAGAGGUUGUCUUCCAGGAGCUGUGUGGUCCCCUCUACUCUUCAACCCGAGACACAAUCCCCUCUGAGCGAGGGGAGACCCGGUGGAGAAACGCGAGAAGAAAACUGAACAGAGGAAUCCUCGCCUCUCACUUGGCCAGCACUCUGCUCCCCUGCAUUUUCAGUCGACCACGGCUGCGAGAGCUGCCCGAGUGUAAGUGAGUGGCCUGGCUGGACCUCUUCUCCCUCCCUUCAUUUCUCCAUUAAUCCUCCUCCCCUCUACCCACCCGGUCUCUUGUUGUUUCGGGAACCAUGCUGAUGCAGUGGCUGGCUUGGUUGGCUCUGCUGUCUCUGGACUGGGCUCCAGGCAGCUGGGCCUUCACCACCACCAGGGCUCAGGGCCUGAGGGGUCGCAUCCAGAGAGACCGCAGAAACAUCCGGCCCAACAUUAUCCUCAUCAUAACUGACGACCAGGAUGUUGAGUUGGGUUCUCUGCAGGUAAUGAAUAAAACCCGUAAGCUCAUGGAAGAUGGAGGCACAACUUUCACCAAUGCCUUUGUCUCCACACCCAUGUGCUGCCCGUCACGGUCCUCCAUGUUGACGGGCAAGUACGUCCACAACCACAACACUUACACCAACAAUGAGAACUGCUCCUCCCCUUCCUGGCAAGCUCAGCACGAGCCACGUUCAUUCGCCGUCUACCUCAACAACACCGGCUACAGGACAGGCUUCUUCGGCAAAUACCUUAAUGAGUACAAUGGCACCUACAUCCCACCUGGGUGGCGCGAAUGGGUUGGAUUGAUCAAAAAUUCCCGCUUCUAUAAUUACACUGUCUGUCGGAAUGGUUACAAGGAGAAACAUGGUGCCGAUUAUGCAAAGGACUAUUUCACAGAUCUGAUCACCAACGACAGCACUAACUUUUUCCGCAUGUCUAAGCGCAUGUACCCUCACCGCCCUGUGAUGAUGGUCAUCAGUCACGCUGCUCCUCAUGGCCCAGAGGACUCGGCUCCACAGUAUGCCGAGCACUUCCCAAAUGCUUCGCAGCACAUCACCCCCAGCUACAACUAUGCCCCAAAUAUGGACAAACACUGGAUCAUGCAGUACACAGGCCCCAUGAGACCCAUCCACAUGGAGUUCACCAACUUCCUUCAUCGGAAGAGGCUGCAGACACUCAUGUCUGUCGAUGACUCAGUGCAGAAGGUGUUUGACAUGCUGGAGGAAACUGGAGAGCUGGACAACACUUACAUCAUCUAUACAGCAGACCAUGGCUACCACAUUGGUCAGUUUGGAUUAAUCAAGGGCAAGUCGAUGCCUUAUGACUUUGACAUCCGCGUGCCGUUCUUUCUGAGAGGACCCAACAUAGAGUCGGGGGCCGUAAACCCUCAUCUGGUGCUGAACAUUGACCUAGCCCCCACCAUUCUCCACAUUGCUGGGCUGGACACCCCUCCAGACAUGGAUGGAAAGUCCAUCCUUAAGCUGUUGGAACAGGAAAAGACUGGCAAUAGAUUCAAACCCAACCGGAAACCCAAAGUCUGGAGGGACACAUUCCUGGUGGAGCGAGGAAAGAUCCUGAGGAAGAAGGAAGACUCAGUGACCACUCAGCACACCAACAGCCUGCCCAAGUACAAGAAGGUCAAAGAGACUUGCCAGCAGGCCGAAUUCCAGACACCCUGCGAACAGCCUGGACAGAAAUGGCAUUGUGUGGAGGAGAUCACAGGGAAAUGGAGGAUACAGAAGUGCAAAGGCGGUUCCAAAGAAGGCUCCAGGAAGAGGGCCCGCAGCCUGAAGCCCCGCAGCAGUUAUGACAACAGAGAAAGGGGCUGUGACUGUGGGGAAACGCUCCUCAACCCCUCCAGAUCGGACCGCCGUUCCCACCGCCAGUUAUCUGGCGCAUCAGGCCAUCGUUUUCGUCCUCGUUUUGUCCACACCCGGCAGACCAGGUCCCUGUCUGUGGAGUUCGAAGGUCAGAUAUAUGACAUCGAUCUUCAAGCAGAUGAUCAGUCUGCAGUCCGCCGCCGUGUCAUCUCAAAGCGCCACUACAACCCAGAAGACCCCGAGUUUCACUUGGGGUCAGAUGACCGUUCAGAGGAAAUGCUGGCGGAUGAUACCAAUGCUGUGGGAUACCCAAACUCUGUGAAAGUCACCCACAAGUGUUAUAUCUUGAUGAAUGACAGUGUUCAUUGUGAAAGAGAAAUCUACCAGUCCUCUAGAGCCUGGAAAGACCACAAGAGCUAUGUGGACCAGGAGAUUGAAGCACUUCAAGACAAAAUCAAAAACCUCCGUGAAGUAAGAGGCCACCUGAAGAGGACGCGGCCAGAUGAGUGCGACUGUGGGAAGAAGAGCUAUUUUAGCAAAGGAGACAGAAACAAGGCAGAGAGAUUGAAGAGCAGGAAUGGUCAACUCCAUCCGUUUAAGGAGCCAGCGCACGAACUAGACGGGAAGGCCCAGUUGUACAACGAGAUCCGCAGAAGAAAGAAGGAAAGGAAGGAAAAGAAACGGCAGAGGAAAGGAGAUGACUGCAGCCUGCCCGGCCUCACUUGCUUCACACAUAACAAUGACCACUGGCAGACUGCUCCUUUCUGGACGUUGGGGGGAUUCUGCGCGUGCACCAGCUCCAACAACAACACCUACUGGUGCUUGAGAACCAUCAACGAGACCCACAACACGCUGUUCUGCGAGUUCUCCACUGGCUUCCUGGAGUACUUUGAUCUUAACAGUGACCCCUACCAGCUGACCAACGCGGUGUACACGGUGGAUCGGGACGUGCUGAACUCUCUCCAUGCCCAGCUGAUGGAGAUGAGGAGCUGUCGGGGUUACAAGCAGUGUAACCCUCGCCCAAAAGGCCAGGACACAGCACACAGCCAAUAUGGGACGGACGACAGGGUUAAGCUGCCCAACUUGACAGACGAGGAGGUGAACUGGCAGGGACUGGAGGAUCUGUAUAGCAUGAACGAAAGCCUUUAUGAAUGUAGGCCUGACUACAGCCCCGGCCCAGACAACUGGGUCAACUUCCAGAAGGAUAUAGAUAAUAUGUUUGCACUGCGACACGUUUUUAACAAAUUCAACCGAACCCAUGACGACUCCACCCUGCCAGAGCUGGGCUCCGGGGCCGGGGAUGGAGGCUUUGAAGAGGGCAGCGGGGAGCAGUUGGCCUCAGCCGGCGACGUCUGGCCGUUCCCGGCCACAGAGGCUCGCCACACCACCCCCGCCCCCAGCAAAACGCCGUCACCACCACCCACACCCAGGCAACUGGAACCUGUUGUCAACGACCUUCCCGAGAGGCCUGCGAUGUCAUCACCGUCGGGUCCAAGAAGAGACGGGGUUAUCUUCCAGAGCGACAUGUGGGCACCGCAGCUGGAGGAGCUAGAAGGGGAGAUGUUUAGCGGGAACGGAGUGACUGAGCUGGAGACUCGACACGACAACCUGCUGAGUACUCACAACAGCCUGCAGGCCCAGCUGGAGCCCGGCCUGGGCCUCGGAGAAGAGGACAUUUUCCAGGCCCAGGGCUACCUCCCUUUCUCCCCGCAGACGUUGAGGCCCAAGGUGCAGGCCAGCACCACCCGGAGCCCCCCCACCACACAGACUAGUGUCGGGUUGGUAGUGCAGGUGCUGCCUCAGUCCACGCUGCCCCUCACCUUGGACUACGAGGGCAGCGGUUCUCUGCCUCAACCCUCCAAUCAGACCCUCUGAGGCUGACGCAUGCGCUGAUUCAGCAUACAGACAGUUAUUGGGAGAUGAGCUUGCCGAGAGCAACGGCAAGUGAUGCCACCUCAGUCAGUCCGAGUUGUAUGAGUAUUAAAGUUAUUGUUUAUUUUUUUACAGGUGCCUACUAGUAAACAGUGUUAUGUUUUUGUUUUUUCAAAUAUAUAUAAUUAGAAAAAAGAAAAAGCCUUAAUGCAGCUAAACGUAAGUGUCGGGAUUAAAAGUGAUUAAUUCCGCAUGGAUAACACCAUUGAUGUUUUUAAUGUUUUUAUGAAAAACAAGUGCGAGUGGUGAAACCAUUUCAACAUCAGUCGGCUUUAGAGUCUAUGCAUCAUAAACCUGCCCAGUCACCGGACGCUUCAUCAGUACAGUACUCACUCUAUAUUCAUAAAAAGGUUCAAUGUACAUUUCAACUCUUCCACGUGAUGACCCUGUUUGCGGAUAUGAAGUCUGUGUCCAUGUGUAAAAUUAGAUUUUAUGAAAAGAUUAUUUCCUACCAACUAGUUUUUUUUUUUUUUUAAACUAAGACGAGAACUGGAUUGUCACUUGAGAAAAAGUUCCAGAAUCAACAUGUUUCACAAAUGACUUAAAAAAAAAAAAGUAUUUUUAAUAUUGCCGAAUGACAACAUUCUUUGCAUUUGUUUCACCUGUCGUAGAGCAUUAAUAGUAUCAGAAGGUUUAGACAAUAGGACAGUUAACAGUAAGUAAAGUACUGACAGCUCGAGCUUAUUUAACUGAUUAGUUGCACCAGUUCCGAGUUACGUUUGUCACAGAAUCUUAUUUUCAGUAAAGUUAUUACAAAUCACAAGCAAAUGCUGACGCAAUCACCAAGGGUUAGAACAUGUUUGGUGACAUCUCCAUUAAAAACAAUGUCUCAUGUGCUGUAUGAUGUGGAUCUUCUGAUAAUCCGACAGUAAAGCGCUGCACAUGGCCAAUUCAUUUUGAAUGUAACUGCGUAGUCUCUAAGAACCGGUUAUAGGACAGCACACUGUGUUCUAUGACGGUAAAAUACUCUGCAGAUGUUGCAUAAAGUAGUCCCAUGUUUAACCUGUAGUUCAUCUGUACCUUCUGGGUAGAAU